UCCUGACGUUUUCGUUUCGGUUCGCUAUAUUAAAACUCCUUCACAUGAACAACAUAAGUUUCGUUAAAAUUUGUUUUAAUCGAGAUUAUUCUUUGCGAAGUAGUGGUUGUCUGAUAAUGCGGAUAUCAAGUACAACCAGGCAGCCAAUCUUACCCAUAGAUUGCUGUACUUACAGGUUUCGGAGACACUAGUGUGACGAAUGUAAGUGCUCGUUUUCUCUAAAACCCACAAAGAUGUACCAAGUCUUUCGCCACUUCCAUGAAAUCGUUUUAAAAUCAAUGCAUUUUCCUUUUUCAUACACGUUCAACAAAAUACAACAACAAAACUAAUUACCAGCAAUUGUGCAUAUAGCACAUGCAAAUGAUACAACAUGAACCUUUUCAUAUUACUACAUUGCUCUUUAUUUCAACUUGGGUGGUUCUAUAUUCAUUUUCUUCUUUCUGGUUAGAGUCCUUCAGAUCACAGCCCUCUUCAUGCAUACUUUCAAAACAAAUCCGUUACCGUAUCAUUAGGGACAUACGUUUUGCAUUACGAUCAAUUGGGGUCGUCUCGGAACAAAACCAGCAGGUUGUAUCGGUGACAAGUGAGAUACAACCACAACUUCCUCCAUCCUCGCAAUUUUCGGGUCAUAGUGUUCGACCAUCGCCGCCAUCUGGAUUGCAACUAAAUAAACUGCUUAAAAAAUAAGAGAGUUAGGAAAUUUUUAUGAUAAUGCUUAUGUUUAGCAACGAGGCGGCCCUAACCUCUAUCAAUUUAUUAUGGGAAUAGCAACGGUACCGAAAAACCGUUGCUCUACCAGUACUAGUACCUUUUCGACAGGAGACAUAAGACCUACGCUCAGUGGUUAUUGUCCGGGUGUCACGCUUGCAUUUCUCGACUCUCUGGCGAUAUUCGUUAGAGUUCAGUUGAAGGUGUUGGAGCACUACUCCAAGGAGGAAGAUGAGAAAACCCACGACAGCCUGAAGUUGUUGUGAGAUACAAAUAUAAACACCUUUUACAAUUAUUAGUGUGUCGAACUCUCGGACACCCUGUUAAAAAAAAUACCGAAACGCCGCUGAACAACCCCCGUCAUUCGCGACCGCUGCUACAUAAAGGCGGUCGCUUUCGCACUUGCUCAAACAUGAAGGUGGGCAACUAUUUCACGCACGUCAGGAGGUUGCUGAUGGUGGUCGGGAUCUGGAAAGUGGAAAGUUCCGACAUCUUGUUUUUCGGGAAACGAAUCUACCAGGUCUACUCGCUUUUCUUCCAAUUAUUCUGCUAUUCGGCGGCUCUGUCGUUGCUUAUCGAAAUACCUUCGUUGGUGAAAACUGACGUGGCGGCUGUUGCAGCGAUGGACAACGCAAACAGAUUCACCGUGUACAUCGUCAUCAUAAUUAAAAUGAUUGCUUGGCAGACCAGAAGGAUGGUAGACCUGCUCAGAGUACUCUUGGACCAAAACCAGGAGAUGCAGGAGGCCUCUCGCGUCGACCUACACAUACGUCGAUUGUAUAGAAAACACGCGAGGUACAAUCACAAGCUCAUGUUCGUCCUCGUCAGCUCUGGGACGGCCAUAGCGAUCAGCAUCGCUGCAGUAGGGUUUAUGGAAAUUUAUAAAUUCAUGCAAUCGCCGGAAAGCGUUAACGCCACAGAAAAGCCGCUACCCAACAGGUACUGGUAUCCUUUUGACCGAAACAAAAACUACGUUGUCGCCUUGGUGGACCAAAGCAUCAGACCGACGCUCAGUUGUUUGUGCGCGGGUGUGACGAGCGCGUCUCUGAACUCACUCGCCAUAUUCGUGAGGGCUCAGUUAAAACUGUUGCAAUACCGUUUCCAUCACUUUCAUCAGCGGGAAGAAGAAGCAUUCGCCGCCCUGAAGCGGUUGUGCGUCAAACAUCAACGCGGCAUUUGAUUAUCUCGUGCGUUCUAACCAAUAGCGGUAUAUGCGUAAGGAUCUGUCGAACCGUCCUGACCCAGCGAAGAACCUCGAAGGUCAGAUCAACAAAGCAAAGCGUGAUGGGCUGUUUAAGGCACAUAGUAUGAAUAUGCAUAGAGACAGCAAAUUUAAAAUCUAUAAGACCUGCCCCAGGCCGAUCACGUCGUACGGAGAAGAGAUCAACGAAAUGAAAAGAAUGUUUCGAGGAGCCGAAAUGAGGAGUCUCCUGACUAUAAUGGACAAAAGAAGAAUUUACCGAACCAGAAAGACUGAUAUUAGGCAACAAUGUGUUGUGUAAGACUUCGUAAGAUGAAGAGGGUAAUGGUACUUUCACGUAAAAAGGAUGAACUUCAAGGGAAACCAAACGAAGGAUCUAUACAAAAUACGUCUGAGGAAAUGAUACAGAGGAAUCCAAGAGAUCAACGGAAAUAAAAAUAAGAAGAAACAGCAUCUUUGAUUUGUAAGAUAUUUUUUUUAUCGUUUUGAUAGUUGCACGGCAAUGUGGAAAAAGCAAAUCAUUAGAUCUGGCAAGCAAAAAGUGACGUCCUCCCCUGGCUUACCGUUCUUGAAUCUCAGGUGU